CGCGGAGGCUGUAGGCUCGCCUCGGACCUGGCCUCCCCGGAAGACACCAUGACAACCAGGGCCUUGGAGGAUGGAGCCCUGGGCGGCUGCCAGGCAACGCCCCGGAGCCCCGCGCGGAGGAAGCCCCAGGCCGCUCCCCCGCCGCCGCCGCCGCCGCCGCCGCCCCCAGCCGCCGAGGAGCUGCCCUGGGGGGACCUGUCUCUCAACAAGUGUCUGGUGCUAGCCUCGGUGGUGGCGCUGCUGGGCGGGGCUUUCCAGCUGUGCCGCGACUCGGUGUCUUGGGAGGCGAGUGUCCCUGCACCUGUCGCUGAGCCAUGGGUGCCCCCCAGCUCCGCCCCCAAGGAGCCAGCAGCGUUGCCCCAGCCGAAGCCGGGGGCCCGCGCCCAGCCGUCGGGACGGCCCGAGCCCCAGCGCCAGGCGGAGAGGGCUGAGGCCCCCAGGAGCAGGGAGGCCGCGGAGAAGGACCAAGGGAAACCUGCGGGAGACGCGGCGGCCGAAGCCGAGCCGCGCACUCAGCGCGGGCCCCGGGAGAGGCGGGGGCAGGAGAGGCCCCGGGAGGAGCGGGCGCCGAAGGAGAAGCGGCCGCGCAAGGAGAAGCAGCGGUGGGAGGAGAAGCCGCAGAAGGAGCAGCGGCGGGAGCCCGGGGAAGCUCCACUCCGGCGCCGGGAGGCACAGGAAGGGGGCCAGGGGCCGUGGGCAAGGGUCUCCGCUGACCCCAAGCACAGGAAGAGGCAGGCGUGGGCCUCCUCGCGGCUUUCCGAGGAGGAGGACCGGCCCCCCGGCCGCCCGAAACGCCGCCCCGGCAAGGGGCGGGACUGAGCCGCACCCCAGUCGGGUCUCCGCCAAAAUAAAGCGAAAUCGCCUGCU